GAGCAACAACAUGGACUCGGGAGAAGUUCUGGCAUCUCUGGGUGUGGACGGAGCUGCAGCAGCGGCACACGCACUCUCUCUUCCCGCUGAGGCCUACGGAAAUGACGCUCAGCUGGAGGUGAUGUGGGCGAUGAAGGCCUAUAAUCAUGCAGAAGUUUACUUUAAUCUCAUUUCUUCUGUGGAUCCGAAAUUUCUCAAACUCACAAAAUCAGACGACAUGAUCUACACAAAGUUCAGGGAAGACUUUCCAGACUUUAAUAUUAAGAUUCUGGAUCCAGACCUGCUGAAAUCACCAGAAGCUAAAGAGAAAUGGAGACCCUUUUGUAACCAUUUUGAAAGCCUUGUUGAAGACUUUAACUACGGUACACUACUGCGCUUAGACUGUGAGAAGGAUUACACUGAAGAGAACACGAUAUUCGCCACCAGAAUCCAGUUCUUCGCCGUCGAGAUCGCGAGGAACCGAGAGGGUUACAACAAUGCCGUCCACAAUGCUAACGUAAAGGCCAAACAGCAGAAGAAAGAACAGUGCUAACACUCACAGCAUGCUUCUUUAUUGGUUUUGUCCUGGCUUAUAUUUUAGGAUAUGUUCACACUAGGCAUCUGUUGUAUGGUAAUAAUGGUAAUCAUAUUGCUUUUAGAGCUGAUUGGGCAGGGGGGCAGCUCACAGAACACAUACAGUGUUAUCAUAGCAACAUUUUAACCACAACUGUUAUUGGUUGGCUAGUGAUGCUGUCUAUUUCAUUAGAUCUACGACAUGCUGCAACAGUGUUAUGACUUUUUUGUGUUAAUGAAUCUUCUGGUUUGGUCCAAAAAUGCUUUUUUGGGUUUGGCAUUGAAAAAAAAAAACUUAUUCUUAAUGCCAGUAAGCUUCUUAUAUUUACUAACGACACUCAUACUGGCAUCCUGGUUAAUCAGGUGAUGAAAAGUAUUGAUAAGUGACGUCAGGAACUUUUAAAAACUUGCUUUAAAGCAAAAAAGUGUGAGUUUCUGCUUCCCAUAUGAGAACAUUAUAGGUGCUGGUGGUUAGGGUAAAAAUACGCCCAGUGUGACUAUAGCCUUAUGUCUUAGUAAAGGUGAUUGUUGAACAUACGUAUGAUUUACAUUUUCCUGCACAAUAGGAAAUAAGUGUUAUUUGGAGGUUUGCAUGGAGAGUGAUGUGUAUUUCAACAGAAUUUACAGUAUAAUAAAACAUUUCAGUAGAAAACAUUUUAAUUUUGCUUGCAUAUGCAUUUGAUCUUUCAGCACAGCAGACAAACCCCUAGUGUUUUUCUUUUUGUUUUGCAUAAAAUGUACACUGCCCUUCCUGUAUAUUUACUCUGCAUAGCAUUUUAAUGUAAAUGAAACAUGUUAUACUGAAGAAUAUGCUAACAAAUUUUGAAUUGCCAUAAAUUGUAGUUUUGUUUGGUAAACAGUUAUUAGAUUAGUUGCUUUGGAGGACAAUUGACAACGUGGCUCCUGACAUAUUACGUGCUAUUAUUGUGUAACAUUUAUUGGCAUGUUCAACUGAAAAAUUACCAAAACUGGUUGGGCUUGAACCAUUUUUGUCUAAACUGCCUUAACAGCAUUUUACAACUACCACAAGGUAUAAAAACAUGAAUGUAUGUUGGAUUCAGAAAUUCUGACUGUUUUACUGUCUUGAGUAUUCUUUACUUAAAAAGAAAUAAUGAAAGUUUGAAUAAAAAUCUAAAUUGAAGAAAUAUAUGAACAAACUACUGUA